AUGAAUGAUUUCCUUAAGGCACAUGCAAAGCGUCUCAAACACAACAAUGUCGCAUAUGAAAAUUACCAUAGGAUAUUUGUCCCAGAUGGGACACCUUUAAAGUCUGCAUCAAAAGAACCUUUGAGAGUUAAUGUUAUGUUCCAACAUAUACAAAAGAUGAUGUCUAGCGAAACAACUGUAAUUGCUGAGACUGGGGACUCAUGGUUUAACUGCCAAAAGUUGAAAUUGCCGGAGGGAUGUAGGUAUGAGUUUCAAAUGCAAUAUGGCUCAAUUGGAUGGUCUGUUGGUGCAACUCUUGGCUAUGCACAAGCGGUAACAGCACAGGAUGUAUCAACAAUGAUGCGAUGUGGCCAGAAAACCAUCAUCUUUUUGAUAAACAAUGGGGGGUACACUAUUGAGGUAGAAAUUCAUGACGGGCCAUAUAAUGUUAUCAAGAACUGGAACUACACUGGAUUGGUUGACGCAAUUCACAACGGUGAAGGAAAAUGA